AUGAAUAUCUCUAUACAAGCCACAACAUUCAAUGGUACCCUGGUAAAUCGGUCUGCCACUGCUGAUUACAUUGAUUCAGGGCAGAAGUUAUUCUUCUGCGCUCUCCUGGCGUUGGAGAGUAUAUUCGGAACAGCUGCCAAUUUAAUGAUCAUACUCGUUAUUGUCUGUACGGCCUUUCUGCGUACACUCGAGAACGCUUUUGUUGUCAACUUGGCAUUUGCGGAUUUUCUUAUAUCGUUCGUCACUCAACCGUCGUCGCUCGUUGUAAUUGCUCAGCUUUGCUUAGCCAGCUGUCAAGCCACAAACUGGAAUACCUUGCUGAUUGCCAUUAACCGAUACAUCCUUAUUUGCCAUCCCCAAUUAUACCCCCGUGUUUACACCCGCGGAAACGUGUUCCUCAUGUGUGUGACGGUUUGGGGCGUGAUGCUCCUAAUUAGUUUGCCCAAUCACAUUGACGUCGGCUGGGGCACACUCGGCUUCUCCGACACACUCUUCGUCUGCACAUUCGCCGCCGAUCAUUAUCCCUACACUCUCUUUAUCAUGGCCGGCAGUUUGUUUUUCCCGGCCGUGGUGACCUUUAGCGCCUAUUACGGUAUCUAUCGGCAGGUCCGGAUGAGCCGCAUCCGCGUGCUGACCGGGCGGCCGGGAAAGUCCUUAAAGAAAAGUGUUCUGGUUGCUAAGUCGCUGUUCAAGGCGUAUGUCGUAUAUUUGCUACUGGUGUUGCCGUUUGGGGUGGUCAUGGUGCUGGGCAUGGGACCGCGGUUGCCGCAUAUUUGGUACAUGUUAACGCUGCUCUUGUAUCAUGGUGUGGGAACGGCCAACUGCUUCGUGUAUGCGGCGCGACUGGGGAAGUUCUGGGAUGGAUUGCGGCUGAUGCUUCGAUUGCCGAUGAAGAGCGAUGGCAGCGGGACAAGUGGACAAAUGUCCAACACGUCGCAACGGUCUCAAAAAACCGCAUCCCUGAAACGCUAA